CAGGUGCUUAUAAAAGGGAGUCGAUGCUUUUUCCUGCCUUCAGUCCGAGACAGAAACCAAGCCAAACCGGAUAACACAAACUACCCUCCGACAUGCAUACGAUUACGGGGGCCAUCCUAGUCGCACUCGUUUGCACGACCUUAGCUGUGGACGAACCGUCCCCACCAGGUAGCACAGAGAACCGUGCUGUCACCGUCGGAAGCAGCAUGGCUGUCUCCCCACCGGAAUCAUCGAACAAGCCACAAACCGCUCAGGCUUCCCCAGCCAUUACCAUUCCUCCCCAACUCCAGCAACGUCGUUACCCCGGCCCAGUUGUCCAGUACAAUCCCCCACCAGCCGCCGUCGCUCGACUGACAGUCGUCGCGCAAACAAGUCCCGGCGAACUCCCGUCCGGAGUGCAGGCCUCUCCAGCUUACCUCUAUGGCACCCAACCAGGAAGAGCUGUUGGGCCAUCUCCAAACUCUUACUUCACGUUGGGUCUUCCACAAGGCGCUCCUCAACAUCUCGUCGCUCAGCCCGGUGUGCAGGUUCAGCAUGUGGCCUCUCAACCAGCCGUUCCAAGCCAACAGCAAGUGGUAGUAGGCAGUGCUGUCGGGGUGCCACAGGUCUACAGUGUACCAAACACAGCGGCAGCCCCAGUUCGUGGAGCUGGCGUCAAUCCAACUGGGUCUUUUCUGGUCGGCAGCCAGGUUCAGGGUCCUGCUGGCGCUGCAGUUGCUCCACAAGUCGGCAGCCCAGUGACACUGAGAAGCCCUCAGGUUGUCUACGGCAGGCCGGUUGCAGGAGUCCAGGUUGCUCCCCCUGCUACCUACCCAGGUGUCCAACCCGUGCAAACCGUUCAGUACGCACAACCAGCUCCAGCUGCAGUGUACCAGCCAGUGGCCGCAUAUCAGCCAGCCCCAGUCCCGUACUAUGGCCAGCAGGUAGCCUACAGUGCUCCAGUCCAGGUUGGUGGAUAUGCGGGUGUUCCAUACGGUGGUCAUGCGGUGCAUGGUCAAGUUCAACAGUUUGCUGUACCACACGCUGGUCCCGUGGUGCAGGGCCAAGUGCAACAUUUCGCUGUACCAUACGUCGGUUGAUUCCGAAAUCAUGUCCAUCAGCAAGAAUACGCAUCGUCAGCACCAGAUCUACAUCUAAGACAUACGCACGCGCGGAGUUCCCUUCGGGUUCAUUGAUUCAUGUACAUAAUAAUAAAUACUGUUGUGUCCUUAUCAGUGAUGCAGCGGCGUUAUCA